GGUGAGGAGGACGGGUUGUAGCGAUGUUUCUGCAGAAGUUGUUAGUUUAUCUGACGGCAGCAUGUAUGUUCUGCUACAUUCUGGUUCUGAGCGCCACGCUGAAUGUUUUAAAAGUCCUCUCGCCAAACCUCGCCAGGAAGCUGAUCCUGAAAAUGGGAGAAAAAGUCACCAUGACCCAGAAUCCCAAGUUCAGCUACGAGGACUGGGGCCUGACGUAUGGAUCCCUUGCAUUUAUUAAAGUUGCCUCCCAGACUAUGUGGCUGUCAUUGGGACAAGAGGCGUUUGUUGGAGAAGACGCCCCAGACUCACCUGUGGUCACCGUGGAUGGAGAGAGAACCAGCAUCUGCAACUACCUGAAAGGCAGCAGACCGCUGGUUCUGAGUUUUGGAAGCUGCACCUGACCCCCGUUCAUGUUCAAGCUCGGCGAGUUCAAGCAGCUCGUCCGAGACUUCGUGGACGUGGCGGACUUCCUGGUGGUCUACGUCGCCGAGGCCCAUUCCACAGACGGCUGGUCCUUUGGCAACAACUUUGACAUCCGUCAGCACCGGAGCCUGGAGGACAGGCUGUCUGCAGCGCGGAUCCUGGUUCAGAAUGAUCCCCUGUGUCCUGUGGUGGUGGAUGAGAUGAGUAAUGUCUCAGCCAUCAAGUAUGCUGCUCAGCCUGAGAGGCUGUACGUGCUGCAGGCUGGAAAGGUCCUUUAUAAGGGGGCGAUGGGCCCUUGGGGCUACAAUCCACAAGAGGUGCGUUCGGUCCUGCAGAAGAUGAGAUAAGUUGAAGCGGGUCACGCCACCAAAGUGCUUUGUCUGUGACGGUAGCCGGUUGGAAGCCCUUGUUUUUACUUCUUUACUUUACUGGACCUGACUGCUAUCUCUACAUGUGGUUGUACCACUUUGGUAUUCUCUGAAUCACAACAGCUGUUGUAGUUCCUCGAACUACGGUGCGCUGUCGCCCUCAGGCUGCCCUGCUGCUUCCAGAUAAACGAGGUCUGCGCUGGAACCCAGCUCUGCGUUUCUUAGUGACGGCUGCAGAUGAAACCGCGAGGAUCUGUGGCCAGAUAAGGCGAAACACAGGAACUGACAGCCCAGAGUUUGUUUAUGAAGUUGUUGGGUUUAUUUUUUUUUACUGAUCAUCACCAGAAUUGGUGAUUUUCAUUGGUCCAUUUAUUCUGUAUUCAGUCAGUAUCAAUAUACCAGCAUGUUCUGUAAAAAAAAAAAAACAAGGAUUUAAAUAAAGUUGUGUCCAUCCAUC